AUGGAAUCUGUCCCUUUGUUAACUGAACGUACAAUUGAACUUAUUAAAUUAAUUGAAUCAUUAAAUAUCGAACAAGACCUUGAACGUACUCGUGAUAAAUUAGACUCAUGGAAAAUGUCAAUGACCGAUUGUAUUUCAGAAAUUCACCGUCGUACAAAAAAUAAAAUACAGUCUAUGAUUAUCCGAUUAAAAACACUUAAAGACGAAAAAUUAAAAGAAUUAAAGAUUGAUUACGAACAAAAAUUACAAAAAUCAAUAUCAAGAAAACAGCCAUUAUAUCCUCAAGAGACAAAAGAUAUUCAAGACAAAUUGACCCGGAUGAAUAAUGAAGUCAAAAGAUUUGGAAAAUUACUCACUGAUUUAGAACAAGAUCAAUUAGAAUUACAAAAACCAUACAAACAAUUGCGUUCAAUUCAAAAAGAAAAUUCAAAUUUAGCACCACUAUUAAAUUCGACAGUAGGAAAAGAAUUUGAAUUAAAUAAUUUAAAAAUGUCGACAACCGCUGCCUAUCUGGCUACGUCUGACAAACAUAUACUUAUUGAAGAUAAUGAACAUGUGUUGUUGUUUGAUAAAGAUGUGAAAUUAAAAGAAUUUGAAUGGCGACAUGACAUACAUGGUGGAAAAAUAAAAGAUCUCUGUUGGUCACACCAUUUACAAGUUUUUUUUAUAUUAUCGGCACAAGAAUUUCAUACAUAUGAUCCAUUUACAUUUACAUUAGAAAAAAUUGAACAAAUUAAACCGUUCACAGGUACCCAUUUUCAAUCUGUUACGUGUUAUAGAAAUUCUGAUAUUUAUUUAUGUAGUGAAACAUCGUCAAAUAAAACUUAUGUAGAAAAAUGGUCAAUGCUAUCGUGUUCAAUGAUUCGUCGUUGGUGGUCCGAUAUAUUUGAAUUUGACGAUCAGUAUAUUUCAUGUUUAAGACAGAAUGAUAGUCAACUUGUGGCUUGUAUUCAAGACAAACAACAACAAUGGAGAUGUGAUCUGUUCGAUUUUGAGCUAAAACGUCUAGAACGUGGUCAAUUGCUCAAAAAUACCAUUGGUCGUACGUUUGUUUCUUCAUUAUUUGAUCAUCAAUGGUUAAUUAUAACUACAAAUGGUGGAGCAGUAUGGUUAAUGAGCGAACAAGGUCAAUUAAUUGAGCACAAAGAUAUGAAAAAAGAGCGGCAACUAAUACAAAAUGCAUCGAUGAUGGGAGAUACACUUCUUGUGCUGAAAAUGAUUGAACCAAAUGAAAUUAAAAUAUUGGAAUUAUAG